AUGGAAUUUGAAAAGCGGAAGUUCCAAAUAACGUCAAAUUUUCAGCCCGUAAGCUGCCUAUCUACUGCUAUUACAACAUCUUCUUCUCCAGCUCGCCGCACAGCAAAUUUUAAGCCAACCAUUUGGAAUGAUAACUUCAUACAAUCGCUGCCAAUUGAUUUCAUGGAAGAGAAGUAUAUACAACAAAGGAAUACAUUGAAGGAGAAAGUGAGGAGUUUGAUUGGCCAACAACAUGACCUUAUUGAACAACUUGAAUUCGUGGAUGCCCUAUCCCAGUUGGGCCUUGAUUAUCAUUUUCAUUCGGAGAUCAAGAACCUCUUGUGUUUCAUUAUUUCAUCAAUGGAGGAUGAAAAUAAUUCAAUUGAAGAAAACAACCUUCAUGGUUCUGCUUUGCUCUUUAGGCUACUUAGAGAACAAGGUAUCAAAAAUGCUUCAAUACCAAGAGUAAAUGCUUUGAUUAGUUGCUUUAAGAAAGAGAGAGAAAACUUCAAUCAAAAUCAUGAACAUAUUGUCAAAGGAAUGCUUAGCUUAUAUGAGGCUUCAUACCUUGCUGUGGAAGGAGAAGAAGAAUUGGAAAAAGCAGGAAAACUUGCAAUGGAUCAUUUAAAAUGCAUUGAUAGAUCUUUAUUUACACAACAAUUUAUUGAAGAAAUAGAUCACGCCUUGGAGUUACCCUUGCACUGGAGAAUGUCAAGGUUGCAUACUAGGUGGUUCAUUGAUGCUUAUGGGAGACGAGAGAACUUUAAUCCCACAUUGCUUGAGUUGGCUAAACUAGACUUCAAUAUGGUGCAGGGUAUCUAUAAGGUGGAGCUACAAGAAUUGUCCAUGUGGUGGAGGAAUCUUGGUCUUGUUUGUGAAGAGCUUGACUUUGUUAGAGAUAGAUUGGUGGAGAACUAUUUAAUGUCGAUAGGAACUACAUUUCAACCUAAUUUUGGGAGAUUGAGGAAAGCACUCACAAAGAUUAUUUGUUUUGUAACAACAAUUGAUGAUAUUUAUGACAUCUAUGGUACCUUGGAUGAACUAAAGCUCUUUACAAAUACUAUUGAAGAAUGGAAAAUAGAUGCAAGUCAACAACUUCCAGAUUGCAUGAAGAUAUGUUCGAUCGCAAUUUUAAGUACAAUGAAUGAUAUUGCCACCUCAUUCUCAAUGGAAAAAGCUUUGGAUAUUCUUCCAUGCCUAAAAAGAGCGUGGGUUGAUUUCUUCAAAUCACAAUUACUUGAAGCAAAGUGGUAUCACAAUGGAUACACUCCGACAUUGGAUGAAUACUUAGAGAAUGCUUGGGUUUCAAUAUCUGGAAAUAUUGGAUUAACCGCAGCAUAUUGUCUAAGUGAUGACUUGACUAUUGAAUCUCUUAAUAGUUUGGAGUUUUAUCCACAUUUCAUUCGCUAUUCAUGCACAAUUGUUCGGCUCUAUGAUGAUUUACAAACAUCCACGGCGGAGAUCAAAAGAGGAGAUGUUCCGAAAUCAAUUCAAUGCUAUAUGAAAGAGAAAAAUGUUUCAGAAUCAGUUGCUCGAGAUUAUAUUAAAUGUUUAAUAAGAAUUUAUUGGAAGAAGUUGAAUCAAGAAUGCGCCACAAUAUCAACAUUAUGGGAGCCAUUUAGAAAUGAUUUAUAUGGUUGUCCAAGAGCAGCACAAUGCUUCUACCAACAUGGUGAUGGAUAUGCAGAGUCAAAUCAUGAAACUAAGGACCAAAUAAAUUGUGUCAUAAUUGAGCCAAUUGCACUUUAAAAGUAACACCGCUUAAAAAGGAGAAAUUAUUAUGUGCGGAGUCCAUAUGUAAUUUGCAUCCAAAAUCCAAUCAAAAUAGGCCACGUUGCCUGUACACAGCCUUAGUACAACCUUGUACACAUGGUGUGUUUAAUAUACACCUGUGUACAGUCACGUGACCAAUUUUGAUUGGAUUUUGGACGCAUCUGGACCUCGAACAAAAUAAUUUCUCCUUAAAAGAGAGUUUCCUUUUCCCAAUUAUAUAUUAUGUGUAAUUUAGCUCAUG